CCUUUAUGAUCCCGCAAAACAGAGCUCCCGCCUUCCUCUUGAGUAUGAAACACAGUCCUGGCGAUCUUCGUACUUAUGCCCGGUGGUGACGUCCUCCACUCCCCAUCAGCACAACGUGGGGGUAAGAAGCAGGUCAAUCGGAUCCGGCACAGUCAAAUCAUAUCCAAACGACGUCCCUUCGGCUCUCUCUCCAGAUCACGUUUCUCUUGUAUCAAAUGAGGGGCCGCUGUAGGCGCUGCACCAGGUUCCUGUGGGCUGCAGGUGAGACCGGGGUCUGUGGCAUGGAGUAGCUGUUUCCUUUCCCUCCGGCCGAUACUGUGGAGUGAUUGACCCUGUCAAUCCCCGUUAAAGCUCUGCCGUGCGAAGUCUAGGUGGCUGGGCAUGACCGGGGAGGAAGGGGGCUGCGUAUGCAAGCGGAUGCGGAUGGACUACGUAGGUAGAUGAUACCCACAGAGGGAUAGACAGGCACUGAUUCAAGGUAUUUCUUGUCGGAAAACCGGAUCACUUGAUCGGAUGCUGGAAUCCGGGAAAAUAUCAUUCUCAUGGUCAGGCAAUGUGGCUUGUCAUACAUUGGCACGUUGUAUAAGAACAAGUUCUCUUUCCCUUCUCUGUUCAACAUUGUCUUUUACAAUUGUUACAAACAUCCUUACUUCAUACCUUACACACUUCUACUCCCACUUCUAUUUCGAAUUCUACUUCCUCCACAUCCUAGUUUUCACGUCAUCAACCUACACCUACACCUACACUCAACCAACCCGUGGACAACCACCAACCACCAACCACCAACAUGUCCCCCCGCCAUCCCCGACAUGCAGUGGGCCCAAGUCAUCGAGCAAAAGGGCGGACCACCAGUUUACAAACAAAUUCCUGUCCCAAAGCCCGGCCCAGAUGAAGUGCUCAUCAAAGUCCGCUACAGCGGCGUCUGCCACACAGACCUACACGCCAUGAAAGGCGACUGGCCCCUACCCCUCAAGCAACCCCUAGUAGGCGGCCACGAAGGCGCCGGCAUCGUCGUCGCCAAAGGUGAAUUGGCCAAGGGCAUCGAGAUCGGCGACCACGCGGGUAUCAAGUGGUUGAAUGGAUCGUGCUUGGCAUGCGAGUUCUGCAAGACCUCUGAUGAACCUCUGUGUCCUGAUGCUGAGCUCUCUGGAUACACGGUUGACGGUACCUUCCAGCAGUAUGCUAUUGGUAAGGCGGCGCAUGUGUCCAAGUUGCCGAAGGAGGUCGCCCUUGAUGCUGUUGCUCCUAUUCUCUGUGCCGGUGUUACUGUUUACAAAGGUCUCAAGGAGUCUGGUGCGAAGCCUGGUCAGACUGUUGCUAUUGUUGGUGCUGGAGGUGGUCUUGGCUCGUUGGCUCAGCAAUAUGCUAAGGCUAUGGGAUUGCGCGUUAUUGCUAUUGAUGGUGGAGAUGAGAAGCGAGGUAUGUGCGAGCGGCUCGGUGCUGAGGCCUACAUCGAUUUCACCAAGUCCAAGGACCUCGUCGAAGACGUUAAGGCCGCUACUCCCGGAGGCCUGGGUGCCCAUGCUGUGCUCCUUCUUGCUGUCUCUGAGAAGCCUUUCCAGCAGGCUGUCGAGUAUGCCCGUUCCCGUGGCACGAUCGUUGCUAUCGGUAUGCCCGCCAAUGCAUUCCUCAAGGCUCCCGUUUUUACCACCGUUGUCAAGAUGAUCAACAUCAAGGGCAGCUACGUCGGUAACCGCCAAGAUGGUGUUGAGGCUGUUGACUUCUUUGCGCGUGGUUUGAUCAAGGCUCCAUACAAGACUGUUCCUCUGAAGGAAUUGCCGGCAGUGUUCGAGCUCAUGGAGCAAGGAAAGAUUGCUGGUCGCUACGUCCUCGAGAUCCCGGAAUAGAUUCAGCGUCUUUGCAGAUAGAACAUGAGGUUUUGUGAGAUCGAUACCGGGCAUGACCGUGUUGAAUGCAAUCCAGCAAUCCAGCUGGCCGUUAACGGAGUGGGGUU